AUGGUGUUUGAUAGCCUGAAAGCAGUGGAGGAGCGCUACAAGAUGUAUGCCAGAAGGUACGGGUUUGGCAUCAGAUAUGACUACAAGAGGAAGUCUGAAGUUGAUGGUGAAAUUAGUAGUGUUUCCAUCGUGUGCCACAGGGCGGGUGUCCAAUCCACAAAGAAGAAGGACACAUGGAAUCCCGAGCCUGUUGUCAAAUUGAGAGGCAGAAACAUUACAGAAAGAACUGGUUGUAAGGCUAGGAUGAUGAUCAAGAGGAGGCCAGAUGGAUGGCUGGUCACUGAGUUCGCAUAUGAAUACAACCAUCCGUUGAUCAAGAAAUGGUUGUAUGGAUAUUUGGAUAACCUAGGAUAUACAGUGAAGAAUGUUGCCAACUAUCGCGCCUCAAUACAAAUGGAGCACAAGUACACUGAUAUGGAGGACACAAUGGAUUAUUUUCGAAAGCUUCAGCAGCAAGACAAGGACUUCUACUACAAGUACAAGCUUGAUGAGGAGUUCCGAGUCCAGAACAUCUUUUGGGUAGAUGGAGCAGCAAGAAGGGCCUACAAGCACUACAACGAUUGUGUCUCUUUCGACACGACGUACAUGACCAAUAUCUACAAGAUGCCGUUUGCGCCAUUCAUAGGGAUAAAUAACCACGGACAGUCAAUCCAAUUUGGGUGUGGCUUUCUACGGAAUGAACUGACGGAGAGGUUUGUUUGGUUAUUCAGAACAUUCCUGGAGGCAGUGGACGGUCUCGUACCGAUAAACAUUAUAACUGACCAGGAUUUCGCCAUGAGGGCCGGAAUUGAUGAGGUAUUCCCUAACACCAGGCACCGGAAUUGUAGGUGGCAUAUCAUGAAGAAAGCCACAGAAAAGCUAGGGUCCUACCUUGCUGGAAGAAAGAAACUUCAUGCAGAAUUCAAUGACUCGGUGAACAGCAGCAUGACGCCGGAUGAGUUUGAGGAGAAAUGGAACACUAUGGUGCAAAAACACAGAUUGGAGGAGCAUGAAGACUUCAUCAGGCUAUACCACAAGAGAAGCUGCUGUGUGCCCGCAUACUUUAUGCAAAGCUUCUACCCAUUCUUGCAAUCCACGGCACGAAAUGAGGGGUUCAACGCCGUGCUGAAAAAAUAA